CAAUUAUGAUCUUAACAUGUCCCGUCGGUCGUGACCGAAAAAACAACAAUGGUUGUCGGUCAGAGCUCCGGACAUGCUCGAUAAUAUUAAUUAAUUUUAUAAAUCGAAUCCAAGCGAACAAAUUUACGUCAAAGCCAUUAGGAGGAACAGAAACAAGUUCGAGAGCGAUGAAGGGAGAUGAAGCCAAGAUAUUGCUAGGCUUCCCUCCCAAUUCCACUCCAACCAGCUCCCAGGUUAAAGCUGCUUACAAGAAGAAGGUUUGGGAAUCACAUCCUGAUCUUUUCCCUGUUCACGAGAAGGGUCAUGCCGAGUCCCAGUUCAAGCUUGUUUCAGAGGCUUAUUCUCACCUCUUGUCAGGUGGAAGCGUACGAGACUUCUCGUCAGGUUCAGCCACCACAUGGUCUCGAGUAGUAGUUAGAGCCGGAGUACCAAAGGGAGCAAGAGGAAAGAACGAACUCCGAAGGCUUUGGAUUCCAUUUAUGUUCCUUGUCGGGGGAACUAUCGGACUAGCUGGUUUUAUAGGCGCCAGGUGACUGAUCUGCCUCUGCGUGGAAGUUUUUACUUGAUAAUGCAUUGUUAUCCAACCUUCUUUCCUGUGAUUAUUAUCCCUUUGCUUUGUUUAGGGCUUACAGAAAGCAGAAAGAGGCAUAUCCUUCACACAACCCAUUCCUUCCUUGAUAUCAAGAGUUUUCCUGUUCAAAAAAGAGUUCAAAUUUAGUUUGGUAAUAAUGUAUAGGCUGGUUGGUAUAUAUAACAUAAUUUAAUAGGUGCAGUCGUCUGUUAUUGUGCGAUUUAACUGCUACUAGCAGUUGCAAAAUGAAUCGUGGAGAACUGUAGCUGGGUUCAUAUCUAUGUUCGAUAGAGUUUAUCAUAUAGGUUACUUGACCAGAAUGGAUGCGCGGGUCAGUACAGGAAAGGGUGGACAACAGUAUGGGAGGCUUGUACAAGUGAAAAUGGUUGCAACUUUUUCUUAUUUGUUACUUUCAGUUUCUUGUUAAUAAAUUCAACUAUUCUGCAAUUGAUUUCCCUUCAUAUCAAGUUGACAUUUUUUG